CGCUGAGCGGCGCUCACUUGGAGCGCGGAGAGCCAGCAAGAAGAGCCUGAUUCCAUGUCCCCCGCUGCCUCCCUGCCAGACUCGAGAAGAUGAUGGCCAUGAACGCCAAGCAGCCUUUCGGCAUGCACCCGGUGCUGCAAGAACCCAAAUUCUCCAGUCUGCACUCCGGCUCUGAAGCCAUGCGCCGAGUUUGUCUCCCAGCCCCGCAGCUGCAGGGUAAUAUAUUUGGAAGCUUUGAUGAGAGCCUGCUGGCACGCGCCGAAGCUCUGGCGGCGGUGGAUAUCGUCUCCCACGGCAAGAACCAUCCGUUCAAGCCCGACGCCACCUACCAUACCAUGAGCAGCGUGCCCUGCACGUCCACUUCGUCCACGGUGCCCAUCUCCCACCCAGCUGCGCUCACCUCGCACCCGCACCACGCGGUGCACCAAGGCCUCGAAGGCGACCUAUUGGAGCACAUCUCGCCCACGCUGAGCGUGAGCGGCUUGGGGGCCCCCGAGCACUCGGUGAUGCCCGCACAGAUCCACCCGCACCAUCUAGGCGCCAUGGGCCACUUGCACCAGGCCAUGGGUAUGAGCCAUCCGCACGCAGUGGCGCCGCACAGCGCCAUGCCCACAUGCCUCAGCGACGUGGAAUCAGACCCUCGAGAGCUGGAAGCCUUUGCAGAGCGCUUCAAGCAGCGGCGCAUCAAGUUGGGGGUAACCCAGGCGGACGUGGGCGCGGCUCUAGCCAAUCUCAAGAUCCCUGGCGUGGGCUCGCUCAGCCAGAGCACCAUCUGCAGGUUCGAGUCUCUCACUCUGUCGCACAACAACAUGAUUGCGCUCAAACCGGUACUCCAGGCCUGGCUGGAGGAGGCAGAGGCCGCCUACCGAGAGAAGAACAGCAAGCCGGAGCUCUUUAACGGCAGUGAACGGAAGCGCAAACGCACGUCCAUCGCCGCGCCGGAGAAGCGUUCACUCGAGGCCUAUUUCGCCAUCCAGCCACGUCCUUCGUCCGAGAAGAUCGCGGCCAUCGCCGAGAAACUGGACCUUAAAAAGAAUGUGGUGAGGGUCUGGUUCUGUAACCAGAGACAAAAACAGAAACGAAUGAAGUACUCGGCUGUCCACUGACUGCGGCGGGGUGCGGCGCCCAGAGGACCCCGGCAGAGCCUAGUGCGCAUCGCCCCCUUCCUGUGGGAGGGUCAGUUACGGGAAAC